UGUCAUCACCGCUUCUCCUCGCGUCCUGUUUUCACAGUUUACUGUUUUAUGUUUAAACUUGUUUAAAUGUAAUUAUUAAUUAAACGUGUUUAAUUAUUAUGUUUUCUUCCGUUUAAAUCAAUAGUAUUUAGUUUAAAAUAUUUUAAUGGCUGAUAUUUGAAUCUUGAUGUAAAUUUAUAAGUAAUGGCACCAAAACUAAAGUUUGCUGAAGGCGAAAAGGUAUUAUGCUUCCAUGGGCCACUUAUUUAUGAAGCCAAAUGUUUAAAGAGCUCUGUCACAAAAGACAAACAUGUUCGGUAUUUAAUUCAUUAUGCUGGAUGGAAUAAAAAUUGGGAUGAAUGGGUCCCAGAGAGCAGAGUGUUGAAGUAUAAUGAAGCCAAUGUCCAAAGACAAAAGGAAGUGCAGAGAGCCCAUUCUGCACAACCAGCUAAGACUAAAAAGACUCCAGCUAAAGGUCGCAAAUCAGAAGCUGCUGCCAGCUCUACACCUGCAAGAGAGGAAUCUAGAGCUUCUACACCAGCAGGUAAAGAUGUUGAGACAACCUCGACAUCGACAAAAGCAACAAAGAAUCAGAACAAAGAUACACCAGCUGAUUCCGGAUCUGAUCAGCCUAAAAAAAAGCGUGGACGAUUAGACCUAUCAAUUGAGACGGAGGAACAGUAUUUAGCAAAAGUAGAAGUUAAAAUCAAAAUACCCGAAGAAUUAAAAGUUUGGCUUGUUGACGACUGGGAUGUUAUAACGCGACAACAGAAAUUAGCUAUCCUCCCUGCCAAAUUAACAGUCUCGCAGAUAGUUGACAACUACUUGACAUUUAAAAAAUCCAGCAAACUUCACAAUCAAGCAAAGGAAUCUGUACUAAAUGACAUAACAGAGGGAAUAAAGGAAUAUUUCAAUGCAACUCUGGGGUCGCAGCUAUUAUACAAAUUCGAAAGACCGCAGUACAGCGAAAUUUUGUCUGAAUACCCCGACACCCCAAUGUCCCAAAUAUAUGGGUCCAUACAUUUAUUGAGGCUGUUCGCCAAAAUGGGGCCAAUGUUGGCAUACACAGCCCUCGACGAGAAAUCUUUACAACAUGUUUUAACUCAUAUACAAGACUUUCUCAAAUAUAUGGUAAAUAAUCGGUCCACAUUGUUCAAUUUACAAGACUAUGGAAAUGCAACUCCAGAAUAUCAUAGAAAAGUGCAGUAGGUUAAGUAAUAAAUUGUUAACUAUAAAA